AUGCAUCAAGUUUUUCAAGAAAGGAAUGUGGGCUGCAAAGAUAGAUCUGAAGAAAGGUUAUUUCCACAUUCCAAUACACCCAGAAUCCCAACACUUACUAAGAUUCCAAUUCGAAGGGAUGGUAUUCGAAUUCCAUUGUCUUCCAUUCGGUCUUGCCCCAGCUCCAAUUAUAUUCACCAAGAUUUUCAAAGAAAUUAUUAUUGUUUGGAGAAGCAACGGUAUAAUGGUUUACAUUUACAUAGACGACACGUUAAUCCUAGCUUUCUCAUUGGAAGAACUAUGGGAUCAUAUAAUGACCACCGUCCUCGAUUUAUUAUUCCUAGGUUGGCUGUUGCAAUUAGAAAAAUGUGUAUUGGUCCCAACUCAAUCAAUCGACUUCCUUGGAGUUUCUCUAGACUUUGUAUCAGGAUGCAUUCUUAUUCCAUUAGAGAAGAUAAGCACAACAUUAGAACUCUCAAACGUGCUUAUUCAAGCAAAAAAAUCAAGAAAAUUUAUCAGGUGCCGACACGUGGCCAAAUUCAUAGGCAAAUUGGAAUUCCUUUCAGUAGCCAAUCAUUACAUUCCUCCCUUUCUCCACAGACUAAGGAGAGACAUGUUAAUUGUGGUUCAAAAGAAAGGUUGGAAUUCAAGCAUGUUGAUCAACCGAGGAGCAAAGAAAGAUCUAUUAAUCCUUCAGCACAUAGUUCAGGAGAACAUUGGUGUACCUUUCGAGCUAGAAUGGCCAACUCCGAUCACAGUCAAUUCAGAUGCUUCCCCACAGGGAUACGGCAUCCACGCUUGUUCAAAUAUUCUGGUGGGCAAAUUCGACUCGAUGGAGGAUUUACAUAUCAAUCAGAAAGAACUCCUGGCAAUCCUCUACUUUUUUCGUCAAGCAGACCAACUCAACAGCUAUCCUCCUCACACCAAUUUCGAAAUUCGGGAAGACAAUACCACAGCCCUCAGUUAUCUAAGGAAAGGUUAUGGAACGUACGAUCAUCUCGCAUCGAUCUCAAAGGAUAUUUGGUCGAUUCUGCUAAAACGAAAAUGGUGGAUUUCAAAGGUGGUAUUCAUUCCAUCCCAUCAAAACAUGAUCGCAGAUCGGUUAAGUCGAUUAUGAGAUUGGCGUUCUUCCGAAGAUCUACUCGACCUUAUUCACAGAGAAUUCGGUUACCAUACGUCUCUUUGGGAAACAGACUCAAUCAAUUAUUGCGUUCCUCCUCUUGGUCUAAUUCCUCAAACAAUCAUCCACAUCAUCAAAUCGAGGGCUCGUGGGACAUUAGUAGUUCCCAAUUGGCCCUCCUCUCCCUGGUUCUCAGUACUGCUGAAAAUAUCGGAAAGCAGUAUAAGUGUUCCAAGAAGUUUGCUCAUUAUCGAGCCAUACACAGAAUUGUUCAACAAAUUCGAGAAUCUGGAAAUGAUUGCCUUCAAAGUGAAUGGCACUCUAUUUCACAACUAACUGAUUUUAGUAUAAUUGUGUCCCUCUCUCCAUCUACUCUAAAAGAAUAUGCGAAAAUCUAUGGUCUUUUCUCUUGGUUUAUUACUGCUUUCGAUUUUCACAAAGAGUCUGAGAGAGCAAUGGAUUUUUUCUGUGGUUACCUUUCCAACCACAAAAAAGGAUACCUCAUCCAGAAAGCAAAGAAUGCUAUCCAGUUUUUCAUCGACCUCGAAGGUUGGGAGUUAAAACUACCCCGUAGAUAUGGUAGAGUGGUUAAAGAUUCAAAAAGAAUUUGGUCUUUGAUCGAUAGGAAAAAGAUCGAAAGAGAUCCCAUUCGGUCCUCUCACAUCGCUGCUUAUAUUUCAAUGUGCAAUCCUCAAUCACCGGACGAAUGUUUUGUAUUUGCCCUUAUGGCUGCAAUCCUAGUAAUAGGUUUUAGAUUAUUCGCUCGCCCUGGUGAAUUAUGUGAGUUGAAAUGGUCAGAUGUUGAGAUUGAUAAACCGAAGAAAAAUUGGAUCAAUAUCAAUCUAUCUGGUCACAAAACUGACUUUUUCUUCAAUGAUCGACCCCAUCCAAUCGAUCCAGUGAUCAGUGUAAAUAGUUUUUGUCUUGUUCAAAUUCUUAAGACCUAUAUGAACCUUGUUAAGGAAUUUAAAUCUUCUGAUUCACCUCUAUUCUCAUUUCGAGAUAAUCAAUUCCUUACAACCACACAAAUUUCAGAAUUAAUACGAAAUGCAAUUAGAUUAGUGGAUAGUAAAACAAAAGUCUCCGGACAUAGCUUACGUAUAGGUAUUUCUACCGAAAUUUCCUCGAAAGGAAUGUCUAUUGAAGUCAAUAAGAUUAUGGGUCGAUGGGUGUCAGAUAAGUCAAUACUUAGAUAUUCUCGCCGAAUUGGUUUUGUAGAAAACAACUUCUCCACCAAACUCUUCAAUACUCGGAACUAA